AUGCGAUUAAAUCAAGAAUACGUUCAAUGUUUACAGUUAGCAUUUGGAAAUGAAGAUCCAUCUCGUGCCACUGCAUUGAGAUCGUUUACGGAAUUUGAUAGGGGCCGCAACUUUCUUCAAGAUGAAGAACACACAGGAAGGUCGUUGUCAGAGGUAGUCUCGGAUAAUGUGUCUGCCAUAAAGAAAAUUUCAAUCAAUGAUAAUCGCUGCAUCUACCAAAUGACACAGAAGGAACUUAACAUUGCAUCUUCUGCCAUACAUAAAAAUAUUCAUGAAGAACUACAUUUGCCGUUUCCUCAUAAUUUAACUAAGCACCAAAAAGAGAAUCCUGUUAGAAUCAGCAAAGAAACUCUUAAAUUUUCUAAAGAUGGUGGCCACGACAUUAUUUAUGAAAACGUAACUGAUGAUAAAAACCACCGUUUUUUGACGUUCCAACACAUCAAGAAAGUAAAAUAUGGGUCUUAG